AUGGAAUGGGGAGGUAAAAAAGAUCCUGAAAAAGUCCCUAUGACAAAGCUUCCGUUUUUUUGUUGUAGUUUAAGUUUAACUCCAUUCAAAAAUCCCGUUUGUUCCCCUGAUGGUAUUGUAUUCGAUUUAAUAUCAAUAAUUCCAUAUAUAAAGAAAUACAAAAAAAAUCCAGUAACAGGCCAAGACCUAAAAACUUAAGACUUAAUCAAGCUUACAUUCCAUAAAAAUGAAAAAGAAGAAUACCAUGAUCCCAUAUCUUUUAAAACCUUCACUGAAUAUACCCAUAUAGUAGCCAUAAAAAUCUCUGGAAAUGUCUACGCAAUGGAUACAGUUGAAGAAUUAAACCGUAAACCUAAAUUUUGGAAAGAUUUAGUUUCCGGGGAACCUUUUUAACCAAAAGACAUAAUAACACUAUAGGACCCUUAGAAUAUAUAAAAUAGAACAAUUAGCAAUUUUGAUUAUAUAAAAAAUAAUAUUUCAGUAAAUAUAGUCGAAGCUGAUAAUUCAUAUAUAAAUAAAGAUGAAUCGACUAAAAUAGUCAUGAAAAAAUUCGAAGAGCACAAUAAUAAAGAAGAAGAAGAAAAAUAAAAAAAAGAUCAAGAAGAACUCGAAAAAAUAGAAAAAAAAAUUAAAUUAGAAAAAGAAAUACUUAUAAAAAACCAGUAAAUUUCAGUUGAAUAAUACCUUGAAAUGUGUGACAGAAACCAAGAAUUUUAACAUAAACAUCAGUCUAAUAAUUAAGUUGCAAUGAGUGUAACUAGUACAGCUACUUAGCUUUCCAAAAACUAAAAUAUAAUAGAAUAUCGUGGAUUAACAAAAGAAGAAAUACGAAAUAUUAUACAUAAUUAAGUCAAAAAUAAACAAAUGAAAGGAUAUGCAACCAUGAUUACAAAUUUAGGUACAUUAUAAAUAGUUAUUCAUGCUAAUUUUGUACCUUUAACAUCAGAAAAUUUUCUUGAACUAGCCGAAAACGGUUAUUAUAAUGGAACUAGAUUCCAUAGAUUAAUUAAAGAUUUUAUGGUCUAAGGAGGUGACCCUACAGGAACCGGAACUGGAGGUUAAUCUAUUUUUGGGGGGAAAUUCGAAGAUGAAUUUCAUCAUAAAAUAAAACAUAAUAAACCCGGAAUUUUAAGUAUGGCGAAUUCAGGUCCUAAUUAAAACGGAUCUUAAUUUUUUAUUACACUUGGACAAUGUUAUUGGCUAGACGAAAAACAUAAUGCUUUUGGUGAAAUAAUAGGAGAUUAAUUAGCUUUGCAUAAAAUAAAUAAAUCUGAUAUAUAAAACGAUAAUCGUCCAAAAAAUAAAAUUUUUAUAGAUAAAAUUAUUGUUACUUAAAAUCCUUUUAGAAUUAUCAUUUAAUAAAUGAUGAAAGAAAAACAAGAUAAAAUCAAAGAAUAAUAAAGGAUAGAGUCUGAAAAAUCAAGAGAACAUGAAAGAUGGAUUAAAGAUGAAGAUAAAUUUACAAUGCCUUAAGAUUUACUUUAAUAAGUUAAUGAUGAUUAAGAUUAAAAUAAUUAAUAGAAUAUAUAAAAAGCAGGGUUAUUUUAAUAAAUAACUGAUCCAUCAUAGUAAUUUUAUGAUUAUGUUCCUAAAGAAAAGCAUAGAAAAUAGUUUAAUUUCUAAAGUUGGUGA